CCCCAGACCCUCCCGGCCUUCUCCUCCGCAACAACGGGGGCUGACUUCUUCUCCACCCACCGUAAGGAUGGCGGUGCAUUACCGUCUACUUGAGGAGGAGUACGAGAAGGAGCACCGAGGUCGGAUGAUCGCCGAAGGCACGGAACUCCAUGCCCUAUGGAUACGUGGCCAUUCCGUGAAAGAAGAUAUCAUGAAGUCCGAUGAGAGGUACACACCUUACAUACGAAGGGCGAAGCUCAUUGCUUUUGUGACCAUGGCCAGGCGUGGGUUGACGACCUACAAUGGCGCCGCCCUAACAGCACUUAUUGACCGGUGGCAUGCGGAGACACACUCCUUCCAUCUUCUGUGUGGGGAGAUGACUAUCACUCUUCAAGACAUGGCCAUGGUCACUGCUUUGCCAAUCAAAGGAGAGGCCGUGACUGGAAAAAUAGAGUCUGGAAAAUACCGGGACAUGGUUGAGGAGCUUCUUGGAGUUAGGCCACCAGAUCCUAUGCCAGAUAAAAAGGGUUCAAAGACAGGUGGGCUGAAGUUCACUUGGCUUCAACAACACUUUCACGAGCCACCAGACGGAGCUGACGAACCUACUAUUGAGCGCUAUGCCCGGGCUUAUGUGUUGUACGUCUUCGGAACUGUGCUCUUUGAGGACUCCGGGGGUAGCUCUGCUUCUUGGAUGUUUCUCCCUCUACUACGAGACUGGGACGAGGCAGGGAGGUAUAGUUGGGGCUCAGCGGGCCUGGCUUUCCUAUACCGACAAUUGGAUGAGGCUUGUAGGAGGAGUUCUGGUACGUCCAACAUUGGUGGUUGUGUGUUGCUCUUCCAGAUAUGGAUGUGGGAGAGACUUUCGGUCGGCCGACCCAUAAGCCGGACGCGUCGUGACUGGGAAUAUGAUGAGCCGGAUCGCUUGCCUACUGUCACGCAUUGUUUGGACGAGGUGAGGACCAAUUGGGGGAAGACGGAAGAUCUAUACAUGUCUUACACCAACGAGCUUGAUUGUUUGUUACCUUCACAUGUACAAUGGCUGCCAUACAACCAGAUUGACUUUCAACUUAAUGUCGUAUGCACCCAAGACGAAUCGAUGUGGAGUGUGAGAUGCCCACUCAUUUGCUUCUAUGCUGUGGAGUUCCACCUACCACACCGAGUGGUGAGGCAGUUUGGGAGGCUUCAACUAUCACCACCGGAGACUAUAUCGACGUCUAUUGAGUUGCACAAGCUUGAUCGGCAAAAGAACAAGAGAAUUAGUGACUGGAGGUGCAAGCACCAAGAGUAUAUUGAUGUCUGGAAUGUUGGAAAUAUGCCCUAGAGGCAAUAAUAAAAUGGUUAUUAUUGUAUUUCCUUGUUCAUGAUAAUUGU